AUUAUGCAAUCAGUAGAAAAGGAGGAGGUGGUGGUCACAGGAAGAGGAAGAAGAGGAAACUGAUGACGGGUGGUGGUUGUCAUGGCAGCGAGAAAUGUUUGUGGAAGUGAGGAAGUAGAGACUCCUCCAACUCCGUCACGUGCUCCAGCAUGAGUGGAAGACGUGGCCUGGUGGAGGAUGAGGCGGAGGAGGUGGAUGGAGGGCCUGGGUUAGCAUACAUGCCCUUUGUGGUGAUGGACGACUUGCUGGACAAACUGAAGCUGCUAAAUUAUGACAAGGAGUUCAUCAUUGAGCACAAGAUGAAGCCACUCAACAGGCACUAUUUUGCAAUCCCGACCAACCCUGGGGAGCAGUUCUACCUCUUCACCUCCCUGGCAGCCUGGCUUAUCUGUAAGGCAGGCAGACAGAUGGAGCCCCCACAGGAAUAUGAUGACCCAAACUCCACUGUAUCAAGCAUUUUGGAUCAUCUUAGGCAGUUGGGGGUGACAGUCGACUUCCCCCCCAGCAAACUGAAGGCAGGCUGUGGGGAACAUGCAAUAUUUGUGUUGGACAGACUGGCAGAUUUUGCUCUCAAGAACUCAAACUUUGUGUGGAAAAAGCCAACGUACCCAGUGGAGGAUACAGGUGGUGAUGGUGGUGAAGUGGAAGAUGAAUCUGAGCUAACACUGGACAAGGUGGAGGAGGAGAUGAUGGCGGAGUAUGAGGAGCAAGAGGAAGAGGAGGAAGAGAACAUCUUGCACAUGAACGACCUCAAGGAUUUAAAUAAACAGAAGGAGGGGGAGGCAUGGCCAGAGGAGAUCCUUCAUUCCACCACCACACAGGAGGAGUGGAAGUUGGAACUGGAGAGAGUCCUGCCUCAGCUCAAGGUCACUAUAAGGUCAGACACACGUGACUGGCGUUCUCAUAUUGAGCAGAUGCACGAGCACCGAGAGAAGAUCAAUGAGACACUUACCUUCACGGACAAGCAGCUGGACAGCCUGCACUCAGAGAUCACCCGCAGCCUGGAGAAGAUUGGCUCCCGGGAGAAGUACCUCAACAGUCAGCUGGAGCCACUACUGCUGGAGUACAGGAACCUGCAGAAUGUGGCAGCAGAGAGCCGAGAACAGUACAGACAGGCCUCAGGGAAGCUGGUGGAGAAGUCACAUGAACUGGCCCAGAUUUCAGAUGAACUGGAUCGAGUGAAGCAUGAGAUGGAGGAGAGAGGGUCCAGCAUGACAGACGGAACGCCCCUGGUCAACGUGCGCAAGGCCCUGACCAGAGUGCGUCAGGAGAUCACCGCCAUGGACGUGAGGAUUGGGGUGGUGGAACAGAAGCUCCUGCAGGCCAAACUGAAAGAUAAGUCGAACCUCCAGCGGGACAUGAACGCCCCUGUCUACAACAACAUGGACAUGGGACUCUUCUGAAGGAUGCUGUGUGGUGGGCGCGACCUUGUAGGAUGCUUCACUAUAGAAUUUUUUGGAAGGAUAUGAAUGGGACUCUAUGCACUAAUAGUCUUUUGUAAACAGGUCACUUCUGAAGGUCAUUCCAUACACACAACAUGCUCAUGUGGUCACCUACAGGGCUGUUACAUAAAUUAUACGCGUUAGUAACAUUAUUAUUAUUAUUAUUAUUAUUAUUAUUAUUAUUAUUAUUAUUAUUACAUGUAUGUAUCACAUCCCCAUAAAUAUAAACCAUGAUUACCU